GCACGUAAGUCGGCAGAUUGCCCUCCAUCUCCGGGAAGCAUUUUUGAUGGUGGUGCGGCGACAAAGUUGUCGCAUCUUCCAUAAACUCAUCUCGCUCCGCCUUCAUGUUACCGAUCCAGAUUUUUCGCGCAUAUACAGCCGUUGGGUUGCACCCUUUCCCUCACCGUUCCGUGUUUGCACAGAAAGAGAUGGACAGUGUACCCCGCAUCGUCGACGAAGUGGAGUGGCUUAGAUACCAAAUGUCUGUCCCAUCGCGCGUGACAGCAGACGAAAACGAUCAUGAACCAGAACAGACUAUGCUCGAGGUUCAUCAUUUAUGUCGUGCACUCGAUGAUCUAGCCCCUUGAUAUGACCGCUCUCGUGUCUGUGGCCGAGAAGCUUGUGGUGUUCGAGCCGUUAUAGCGGUGUUCCCAUUUGUUGGGAGAUUGGACGGAAACACCGAUAAGCCCCCAAGCGCUCUUGAAGUCGACACCAAGCAAGGGCAAGGCCCUUAGCCUAGAGCUCACAAGCGCUCUCCCUCCGGCCCUGGCGUGUCCGAAGGAAUUUGUAGGUAGCACUCUUCCUCCGCGCAGAAUACAUUACAAAUCGAUAACAUGUCUCCUGCUCUUGUCUUGCUUUGUUUCCCCUGGAACACAUUGAUACCGGCCACCCUCUCUUCUACAAUGUACAUCGGACGACAGUUCAGUUCCGCCCACGAGCUUCCGAAAAUCAUUCACAGUGACUUGUAACGAAUUUGGCAGCC